CGUCUCUGUCCCUCGCGCCGAUUAUUCAAUUCCCACCUCCUCCGUCUCUUUCUUCCCUAUACCCUCCGCCUCAGCUCGCGCUUUCCCCUUCCUCCCUCCUGUCACAGAGUUCUCCUCUCCCCUCUCCUCCUUCUCUUUUUUCCCUGUCGCGGCGGCGAUAGGGUUCGGCUUCCGUCUCCUUCCCCCGCCGGCGGUGGUCGCCUGUAAAUGCUUAAGGCCUUCUCCGGCGGCUCGGAUCGUGCGGCGGCGGCGGCGGCUCUGUUCUUGGUCGUGCUCUUCUUCUUCUUUCAAGGGAUCUCUUCCUUCUCCGGCGACUCGGCAUGCCUGCCUUCCACGCAUACGGAGAUGGCGGGUGCCUCGUCUCUGCCCCGGCCGAGCUUUCCAGGAUGUUCUGCCGCGGUGGCGGAGCGGUGGUUCAGCAGCGGAAGCGCUCUCUGGUGGCCGCGUCGGCGGUCGCCGCCGCGGCGGCCGAGUGCAUGAGGGCCAGCAAGAAGCAGAGGCAGCCCCCGCAGCCGUCCCUGGACGUGCUCCCGGACGAGUGCCUCUUCGAGGUCCUGCGCCGCCUGCCCGGCGGCCGCGAGCGCGCUGACUCCGCCUGCGUCUCCCGCCGCUGGCUGGCGCUCCUCGCCAGCAUUCGGAUCUCCGAGCUCGGUCAUGCCGCGGCGGCCGCCCCGUCCCUGCCCGAUCUCAACGAGGAGUUCGUCAUGGAGGAGGAUACGGACGACUCCCCCGCAGAUCCCUGCGUCGAGAGGGUCCUCGAGGGCAACGAGGCCACCGAUGUCCGCCUCGCCGCCAUGGCUGUUGUCGCUGGAUCCCGCCGCGGGCUGGAGAAGCUCGCCAUCCGUGGGAGCCACCCGUCGCGCGGGGUCACGGACCAGGGGCUCCUGGCCGUCGCCUGCGGCAGUCCUAACCUCUGCUCGCUCUCGCUGUGGGAUGUGCCGCUUGUGACCGACGCUGGGCUCGCUGAGAUCGCCGCCGGGUGCCCCUCGCUGGAGCGUCUGGAUAUCACUUCUUGCCCGCUCAUCACAGACAAGGGCCUUGCUGCUAUUGCUCAGGGGUGCCCCAACUUGGUGUCUCUGACCAUCGAGGCCUGCUCCGGCGUUGGCAACGAGGGCCUGAGGGCGAUUGGCCGGUGCUGCUUGAAGCUGCAGGCUGUGAGCAUCAAGAACUGUGUGCACGUUGGCGACCAGGGCAUUUCUAGCCUCGUGUGCUCCGCUUCCGCGUCAUUGGCCAAGAUCCGUCUCCAGGGAUUGAACAUCACAGAUGCUUCGCUUGCCGUGAUUGGGUACUAUGGGAAGGCCGUCACAGAUCUUACACUUGCUCGCCUUGCUGCUGUUGGUGAGAGGGGGUUUUGGGUGAUGGCCAAUGCCGCCGGCUUGCAGAAGUUGAGGUGCAUGAGUGUCACCUCUUGCCUUGGGGUCACUGAUCUUGCUAUCACUUGUAUUGCCAAGUUCUGCCCAGGCUUGAAACAGCUUUGCCUCAGGAAGUGUGGACAUGUGUCGGAUGCUGGUCUUAAGGCUUUCACAGAAUCAGCAAAGGUGAUGGAAAACCUGCAGCUUGAAGAGUGCAACAGGGUUACUCUUGUUGGUGUUCUGGCCUGCCUUAUCAACUGCAGCCAGAAGUUCAGGGCUCUCUCCUUGGUGAAAUGCACAGGUGUCAAGGAUGUCUGUUCUGCUCCUGCACAACUUCCUGUCUGCAAAUCACUUCGUUUCUUGACAAUCAAGGAUUGCCCAGGUUUCACUGAUGCAAGCUUGGCCGUAGUCGGUAUGAUCUGCCCUCAGCUGGAGCAAGUCGACCUGAGUGGUCUUGGUGAGGUCACUGACAAUGGGCUUCUUCUGUUGAUAAAAUCUUCCGAGGGUAGCCUGGUCAAGGUUGACUUGAGUGGUUGCAAGAACAUCACAGAUGUUGCUGUUUCUUCCCUGGUGAAGGCACAUGGAAAAUCUGUUAAGCAAGUUAGUCUCGAGGGUUGCAGCAAGAUAACAGAUGCAAGCCUCUUCUGUAUUUCUGAGAACUGCACUGAGCUUGCAGAGCUUGAUCUUUCUAACUGCAUGGUCAGCGACUCCGGUGUUGCAAGCCUGGCGUCCGCAAAGCACUUCAAGCUCCGUGUCCUCUCGCUGUUUGGCUGCUCUAAGGUCACACAGGUGGGCGUGCAGUUCUUGGGCAGCAUGGGUAAGUUGGAGGGCCUCAAUCUUCAGUACUGCAACAUGAUUGGCAACCACAACAUUGCAUCGCUGGAGAAGCAGCUCUGGUGGUGCGACAUUCUCGCCUAGGCAGACAAGAUGGUUCAUUGCUGGUGGGGCUUGUCUAUUGGGUCAGCCGCCUGCAUAUGCAGAUAUACGUCCGUAGCAGCGCAACCGUCAAACCCAUAUUAGUCAGUUUUUCGGCUCAUCAUGAGCUGGGGUGGGCUUCUGAACUUUGUUCAGGGACCGGUCAUUUUUUGGAGGGCGCCUUUGGCCAAGUGCUCGUUUUUUCACAGAUCACUCAGGAGGUGAUCUGUUUUUUGAGCAUCUGUCUGUCAUCACUGGCAUCCUGCCCCCUUCCAUCCAGGCACCGGUCCUUGCCGUUAUAGCCACACCAUACUGGUUUUUUAGGUUGCUCUAGUGUCCAGUGUCAUUUUUUCACUGCUUCAUGGUUAAGAAGUUGCAGGCGCCAGCUCCAGUGGCUGGUCUCCAGGGUUGCUGAUCCUGGAACGUCUGUUGACAUGUCUGGUUGAUAUUGAUAUUGUUAUUGAGUUUGGGUCUGUCAGUAUGUUGAGGUGCUGUGUGUCGUUCUCUAGUGUGUGUGUGUGUGGUGUCAUGUAGGGUUGCUUUUUUCUUGCGGUUCCUCCUAGGAAUCUGGUCUUCGGGAUCUGGCCGUCGCGAGGCGCAUACUAGAGCCUCGCGACUACAACCCUGUAUGGUUGUUUUUCUUGACAGGUCCCUGAUUUUACCAGCAUGAUGUUGAGGACUGUAAUCUUUGCAACCUUAUAAGAAUAAAUGAAGUAUGUGUUGUUUUGCAAGUUC